UCGGUGGUGGUUCGGCGAACCCAGGUCCCCAGCGGCAACCUCCGCCCCUCAGGCUCACCAUGCCGCGGGGCCCUGAGGUCCCGGUUCAGGUAUGGGUGGGAGGCCAGCUCUUCCAAGCUGACCAGGCACUGCUGGUGGAGCACUGUGGCUUCUUCCGCGGCCUCUUCCGCUCCGGCAUGCGGGAGGCUCGCGCUGCAGAGGUGCGCCUGGGCGCGCUGAGCGCGGGUGGCUUCCGCACCACGCUGGAGGUGCUGCGAGGCCAGCGGCCGGCACUGGCGGCCGACGACGAGCUGCUGCAGGCGGUGGAGUGCGCCGCCUUCCUGCAGGCGCCGGAGCUGGCGCGCUUUCUGGAGCACAGCCUCACGUCGGACAACUGUGCGUUGCUGUGCGACGCCGCCGCAGCCUUUGGCCUGAGAGACGUGUUCCACAGCGCUGCGCUCUUCAUUCGCGAUGGCGAGCGCGAGCUGGCGGCCGAUUUGGUGCUGCCCGAGGCCCGCGCCUAUGUGGCGACCCUGCGGCCCAGCAGCUAUGUGGCCUUGAGCACUCACACGCCUGCACCUGGCUUCCUGGAAGAUGAGUCACGCACAAUGUGCUACCUGGACGAGGAGGAGGACGUGUGGCGUACGCUGGCCGCGCUGCCCCUGGAAGCCAGCACAAUGCUGGCAGGAGUGGCCACGCUAGGCAACAAACUCUACAUUGUGGGUGGCGUGCGUGGCCCCAGCAAGGAGGUGGUGGAGCUGGGCUUCUGCUACGACCCCGACCGAGGCACGUGGCGCGAGUUCCCCAGCCCACACCAGCCACGCUAUGACACGGCACUGGUGGGCUUCGACGGCCGCCUCUACGCCAUCGGAGGCGAGUUCCAGAGAAUGACCAUAAGCUCGGUGGAAUGCUACGACCCGGCCACUGGCUGCUGGAGCUUCAUGGCUGACCUGCCACAGCCAGCCACAGGGGUGCCCUGCGCCCAAGCGCGUGGCCGCCUCUUCGUGUGCCUGUGGCGGCCGGCAGACAUCACCGCAGUUGUGGAGUAUGCGGCGCGGACCGACGCGUGGCUGCCGGUGGCCGAGUUGCGGCAUUCGCAGAGCUACGGCCACUUCAUGGUGGCCCAUCGUGACAGUCUCUACGUGGUGCGCAAUGGACCUUCUGACGACUUCCUGCACUGCGCCAUCGACUGCCUCAACUUGACCACGGGCCAGUGGACGGAGCUACCUGGCCAGUUUGUCAACAGCAAGGGAGCACUUUUCACUGCGGUAGUGCGCGGCGACACCGUCUAUACUGUCAACCGCGUGGUCACCCUGUUGUACGCCAUCGAGGGUGGCACCUGGCGGUUGCUCAGCGAAAAGAUAGGCUUUCCCCGGCCCGGCUCUUUGCAGACCUUUCUCCUGAGGCUGCCCCCUGGCGCUCCGGGGCCUGUGGCCACGGCGUUGCCAGAACUGUGAGCCCUGAGCUGGCGAUAGGAGAGGACACCCUGAGUCUCCCCUGAGCAGAGGCUGAGUGUGCGAGACUGAUUAUGAGAAGCUCCUGGGAAUUUCUUGUUCCCUAUCAAGAGACUCUGUUCUUGAGCCUUCUGGUGGUGUGAACAUGCCCAAGCAGCUCAGGGAGCAACAGUGACACGGGGGUCUGAGCCCUCAAAUCACUUAGACUCUUCUGAGAGAUGGUGGGUCAUGAUGUCAGUGAAAGGGGUAGGAGGGUUAGGAUUUGAAUAAUCCAGGCUUAUUGCUUGUCUAGUCCUCCAGCCUGUCCAUGGACUUGGCCAGCAACUGAGCAUGGCUAGGAGCAGGUUAAGUGUUGUUAGCCAAACUAACAAUCAGUAGGCACAAAUUAGGUGCCUAUCAUUUUCCCAACUCAGUGCUAGGCCUAAUGAGAGCUGUAGUUGCUAAGCAGGGGUCCACAAAGCUUUGAGUCUAGCCCCCAAAAAACUCAAUUCUAAUUGAACAGUAACAACAAAGUUUACACAUACUUGUCUCCAUCCACAAAGCAACAUGUUGUUGUUGUUGUUUUAAUUGUUUGUUUGUUUUUUGUUUUGGUACCAGGGAUUGAACUCAGGGGUACUUAACCCCUGAGCCACAUCCCCAUUCC